UUCACGGAGCCGCUCUGACUGACUGUUGUUGAACUCUACCAGAAGGAAAAGUUGGCGAAGAUGCAGUGAAACCGAGAAAACUGCCACGAACCCAGACUCCAGUUCUGUGCAGCGGCACACAGCUGUACUGUUUUACCAAGUAUGAGGAGCGUCACACCGACGGAACGGUCCAAACUGUUGUUCAGAGAUGACUGACCUGAAGGCAAAGAAGGAUUUUCAGCCCCCACUUUAAAGCCAAAUACAGUAUAUUUAUUUUUAUUUUUUUCUGUUUUCAUUCAUUGGUGUUCAUCACACAAUGAGCACACUCCAGCAGCUGGGAACGAUGUCUUUUUUGAUCAAAAAGAAGAAGUUCAAGUUUCAAGUGCACUUUACAUUGGAGGAGCUUACAGCAGUGCCUUUUGUCAAUGGAGUGCUUUUCUGCAAGAUUCGGUUGAUUGAUGGAGGGGACUUUGCCAUUUUGUCAUCCAGGGAGGAGGUGCAGCAGAACUGCGUUCGAUGGAGGAAGAAGUUCUCUUUCGUGUGUAAAAUGAGUGCUAAUCCAAUCACUGGAGUGUUGGACCCCUGCAUCUGUCGGGUCUCUGUACGUAAGGAGCUUAAAGGAGGAAAGGCCUUCUCAAAGCUAGGUUUUGCUGAUCUCAACAUUGCAGAGUUUGCUGGUUCAGGCUCUACAGUUAGAUGCUGCAUCCUGGAGGGUUAUGACACCAAAAACACUAGACAGGACAACUCUAUCCUCAAGGUAACAAUUGGGAUGACUCUUCUAUCUGGGGAUCCCUGCUUUAAAACGCCUCCCAGCACAGCCAAAUCUGUCUCCAUUGGGGACGAGGACCCCACCCUGCAGCUGGACUGUAAGGGUGAGAGCACUGAUUCCACAGUGCAGCCGCGAGGAGGCAUCAUGGAGGGUCCUCGCGUCUUUAAGCACAGACAGUCAUCAGUACGUAGCUCAGGGCUUCCUGAGGAGGGAGAGAGUGUGUCCAGCCCAGAUGAUGUGUUUCACACUGGUCAUUUCCGCAGCUCCAGCUAUGCCAGCCAGCACAGCAAGAUCUCAGGCUAUAGCACAGCUCAUUCUCGCUGCUCCAGCCUGACUGACCUCAGUCACCAGAGGAACGCCUCAUCCAGCAGCAGUGUCUCCUGUGGGUUCCAACCCAACCAGCUACCUCCCUCCACCCCAACCGAGCCGCACCGACAAGCAACUCCCACCAAACCAGAGAGACCUCCUCUACCCUCUGCAGCAGCCCUCAUAUCCAACAGAUCCUCCAGGAGAAAGAAGGACACUGUGCAGAGGCAGCCCAGUUGUGUGGACGACACCCGCAUUGAUGCAGAUGAUAUUGUGGAGAAGAUUGUCCAGAGUCAGAACUUUUCUGACACCAGCAACAAUGAAGACAGCAACUUGAGACUGUUUGUCAGCAAAGAUGGAACCACUGCCCUCAGUGCGACACAGAUUGCCAACAGAGGAACGCCUGGUACUUUUGAGCCGGUGGUCAUUGAGACUCACUGACAGAUACAUUAACACGUCUCCAGCCUCAUCAACUGGUUACUGAUUCUGUGACAUCGGAAUGUCUGACUGUAUGUGCAUAUUUCUCUCCAGUGCACAUGGCGUGAAAUAAGACUACUAUGAUAUAGAAAUGGAGCCUUUCUAGUAUAUUUAAUCAGGUGGUGGGAGGUGUGUAACACAUGGUUACUGUAUUUUCUCAAAUAGUGGACGGGCCUCAGAUGAAGAAAGGAACAGGCCUGUAUUUGUAUAUAAGUCCAUUUACAAACCCUCCUAUGUGCUCCUGGUUGCUGUGUUAAUUCACAGUUCUAGUUGUUAACUGUUAAUGCAGAUUUAAGACUGCCAGCAGUCCAGGGUGGAAUAGCCCCUCCUCUUUCCUGAGAAGCUUUUAUUGUGAAACAUCUACAGGAGGUGUUGUGUUUUAUUACAGCAGCUUAAUAUUGGCAAAGUAGAAUCAAUCAAAAUUAAUUCAACAAUGAGUGAGAACUGUAGAGCCUGGCUCUUGCCAGGAAGCACACAUUUUAGCCUCAUGCACGGGAAUUAGUAAUUUAUGCCAAAAAUGACCUGAUUUUAUAGGCACAAAUAAGCAAUUCACUCUCCGGAAUUGGUGUCAAGUCACUUUAAAAGGAGGUGCCUAAAAUGCUGAAUUUAUUCCUUUAUAUUGAUAUUAUGUGGACACUGCAUUCAUUUAAGUUGUCCUCGUCCCCUCACGUCUUCUUAUACAGUUGGGAUGCUACAUUGAAGCAUUACUGUCCAGCUGUGGCAGCUGUCAGAUCUAUGCCUAAAGCAUGAAAAAUUAACACUAAUAAGUUGUCAGUGGAAAGACUUCUGAUCUUGCUUGUUAGACAUAUGUUGAAAUGUUAAUAUGUGUAUGUGCAAUAAUGUGCAUGCAUUUUUUGUUUGAGAGCAUAGUUACUAAUUUUUGUGCACAAGUAAGUUUUCCUGAGACCUAAGAAAAUAAUGCAGGCACUAUCUGUAUGAUACAGAUACCAGUUAUUUACUUUCCCCUCUCUUUCUAGGUUGUAUUUUAAGCGCAGGAUUCUAUUUGAGAAUUUACAGUAAUACAGGAAUAAUUUCCUCUACAGUACACUGGAUGUGUGUCAAACUAGUCUCUGGCUUAGUAGGUUCACAGAGUCAUUCAGUUAGUUAAAAUAUGCAGAAUGGUUUGUAAAAAGCAGUGAGCAUCUUUACUCACCGACUGGCAGGCCAGCUGUUAUAUAUAUUCCGUUGUAUCUUCUUGUACUUUUCCUGGGCUAAAAAAAUGUCCUCCAAAGUAAAGUCAAACAUUGAUUGAAGAAAUUACUGCAAGGAUUUGAAUCACAAGAUCAACUCAGGCAUGAACAUUUUUUUUCUUCAUUUAUUAAUUCAGUCUUGCAGCCACUUUGAUUAAAUAUUGGUCAAGUUGUGUGCAGAACUGAAAUAGUGUAAAGAGUAUAUGGUUGACAGCUCUCAGUUUUCCAGUAUGCAGAAAAACUUAAAUACACCAUUUUGAAAAAUGAAAAUGUUCCAUUUCCCCUCGCCAAAAUUUAGUGUAAAUUUGGAGCAUUAUUUUGCACCUUUUCCGACAAGAUAACAUGAUAACAUGGUUGGUACCAAUGGAUGCCUCAGGUCCUCUGGUUUAAUAUGAUUCCUGUGUCUUCACUGUAGCUUUAACUGAGCCAGAAACAGCAGGUCUGUCUCACUUCUCACCUUCAGCUCUGCCUGUAUUACCUGCUGCUUCUUUACAUUUUUUUGCCAGAUAUUUGUCCUUAGCCUCUCUGCUCCUUUUAUUUUCUUGUUCUCUUUGUACCCUGACUUUUCCUUUAGGAGCCUCUGACUUUUGGUGCAACAUUCUGACUUUGUUAAUCAGGCUGCAGUCCGCCUCACAUGUUUACAUUAGCGUGUUCUGUGCAUCAUACUCUGACCCCCUCUGUCAUUUCACAAUACCUGCAGGGGGGUGGGAGUAUCAGAUGGCACGUUGAAAUGUGUUUUAAUUAUAAAAAUACAUUUAUUUAUCAUGUAAAUACAUAUAACUUAUAUUGUCAGUGAUUUCAAUCAGUAAGUAAAUUGUUGUAUUUGAUCCAAUUUAAAGGUCAUCCAUAGACCUUUUCAAUAACAUAAAUGUUGGCUCAGUUCUAUUCAAGUCAUGACAGGGAACCAGAAAGAACAGUUCAGCCAUCAUUUGAUUAUUGACACCUGUGCUUUUCUUUUUCCAAAUAUCCAAAAAUGUUCAGCGUUACUGCAAGUAGAUACAAAAUACAAAAUGUAUGUGUAAAUGUGAUUAAUUGGAUCAUAUCUGCAGGAAGUACAAAAAUGUGUAGGGACACCCCCUCUAUACAACAAUGUCCUCUAUAAUUUGGAGUCAUUUUUUACACCUGUCUCAGUCUCCUAGUCCAUUGGGGGAUUGGUUUUGCAACCAAGAAACAGUUAUCAUCUUCCUUGCACUUAAGAGAUAUAGAAAUGAUGUUAUCUCACUCUUAAUGUUCUCCCAAAAUUUCUGCAGUUUUGGACAAUCGCAAGAAAUAUGUGUACAAUCUCCAGUCAUCAGGCACCACACUUAAGUUAAAAUCUACUGUAAGCAUUGUUACAACUACAGGUGUACAUUCUGUUAGUUUUAAACUUUUAGGGAGAUCUGUUGCUGAUGAUCAGAACAGUAACAAGUCACUGACUCAUCAGUGGCCAACAUUUCAAUAAAUCCUGGAAGACCUGCUCACUGUACGGGAAUUUACGAGGUGCAUUACUGAACCAAGGAAUAGUCUGACCACAUCCAGUGAAACUUUGACUGGUGCUAAGUGCACAAAUUACUUGAACAAUACCCUGAAAACCACUGCAUGGUGGGAAUUGUAGUGCAACACUGAAAUAAUGGUGCGUCCAAGGGGGGCCUCCUCAACUCGCAAAACUGAACAUUUCUAAGUUUACCACCAGGAAGUGGUAUCUGAUCAGCCUGCAAGAUACAGGACAGAACAUGUCAGUGGUGAAGUCAACCCAUGACAGCCAGUGUUUCACUUUAACACAUGAUGGACAGCUGGAAACAGUCCAUCAGGGUGAUAUCCAUUACUUUGAUUUCUCUAUCAUAAGGUAUAAAUACACGUAACAGACUACAUCAUGCUCAGGCUGACAACAGGAUCAAACUGGAGAGUUUAUGUGUGGUGUUUAGUAUUUAUGUCCCACUGCAACUUUUUCACUGGUUCAGUUCAUGUGAUGGAUUUACCACUGACUAAUCAAUCAGUCAAUCAUUUUUUUGGUCACAUGAAAUCAUAUAAGGUACAAUUCCAGUGAAAUGAUGAACACAAAAGUCAAACCACUGGUUAAUAUGAUUGUAUCUUGUCAUUAUUGUCUGACUUCACGAGUUGACGAGGACCCACGGAAUGCAGCACAAGAGCCAUCGGAGGCUCAUACUGAGGACAGACGUCCUCUGCAGACUGACUCAAAAUCAGCCUGAAACUGGAACAUAAGCUUUAUAGCCUUUUAUUAUAUUUUGAUGCUAUUUGAUCACUGUUUAUACAUACUUAAUAUACUAUUUUGCACAUGUGUACUCUCUUAGGAGGAUUGUUAGAAACCACUUAAAGGACAUGGAGAUUGCAUGGUUGUCUGAAAGGACAUAUGACAUGUUGAGUUUUUUAAGUCUCUUUAUUCUUUUCCACGUUUCAUUUCAGUGCUCGUCAUAGAACAAAAUGUAAUUUGGUGAAUCUGUCAAAGGCUGCUCUUCUGAGACAGCAGUAAGCAUGCGUGCAUUCAUAUGGCUGGCCGUAUGGAACCGUCCACUUUCUGCACUUACUAAUUACUUUGAAUUUGAAUGCUCUUAGUCUAAUCAGGAAUGUACAAUUUUGUGGUGAUAUUCAAGAGGCUUUUUCAGACUUUGGUCAUAUUAACUUAGAAAUAUGUAUAUUAAUAUACAAAGAUAAGCUGAGUCUAGAAUGCAACUAUGUUAUGAGCAGGACCAGCUUAAAAACAUGUUACAUUGCAUAGAAAAGAUCUGAAUGAGCUGAUUUUAGCAGUGGAAGAAGCUGUAAACACAACACUGACAUAUGGCAUUAUGAAGUUGUUCUGGCUUAUGUGUUAGCAGCCACAAAGCAAUAUCAUCAUUUGUAUGGAGUCGUUUUUCUGACCUGAUGAAUGAAAGUCCAUAUUCAUGCUGUUUAAGCUCUGUUUUUGGUCACCACAAACGCCUGAGAAAAUGAUCUGUCUCUUUGGCUUUUAAAUGCUGCACUAUGUUCACUAGCUAGUCCCUAACUUUGUGUCUUCUUUAUUCAGCAACUUUGUAGUUGACAACUGCUGCCUGAUGGCAAUGGGGUUGAUGAUAUCAUGGUCUAUGAGUUAAAAACAAAAACAAAAAAAUGAUCUACAAGAGGCUUAAAAGCUCAGCAGAGCUGAGGGGAACUGCAGAGCUGGUGAUAAUUCACUGUGGUUGACCACUUAACAUUACAUGCUGUAGCUGUCUGAUCCAUUUUUAAAAACAGAUCAAGUGCAACUUUAAAUUUCAGUAAUUUAAGAAUCAUUUUACUGUUGACUCACCUUGGAACCACAGUGCCUGUCUUUUUGGAGGAUCUGAGUGGCAGAUGGAUUACUGAUUGAUGAUCAGUUGACUUCUGCAGGACCAAAUAGAUUGAAUGUGCAUGAGAAUUAUGUUAGUCGGUCAACUACCUUUGAGGCUCAGAUUAAUCAGCCCUGUCUCUUAGAAAUUGCGUUUAUAUACAACUAAUUUGAAACAGCACCUGUUUUUUAGGAAAACAUAAUGCUGAGUUAAUUGUGUUUUCUAUUAACAUAAUGAAGAAAUGUUUCUAAUUGAUGUAUCUGGCAAGUCACAGAAAUGAUGAUAUUGAACAAAUCAACUCACUGACAGCACAUUUCAUUUGUUUUCUGCAAAAAAAAAAAAAGGCACUCUUGCAAUGCAGUAGGUAGUUGCUACAGCACAUUUGUGCCUAGGCAUAAUGUUUUUGCAUUGUCCAUUUGUAUGUCCAUCCAUACAUUCAUCCAUACAUCCAUACCAUUCUCAUGAAGGCAAUAUCUCAAGAAUGCCGUGAGGUAAUUUAUUCAAAUUCGGCUCAAAUGUCCACUUGGACACAAAGAUAAAUUGAUACAUUUUGGUGGCUAUAAGUCAGAGGUCAAGGUCAGUGUGACCUUGCAUCCGUCUUAUUCUUGUGAAUGCUAUAAUCCAAGAAUGCCUUGAGGAAAUUUGGCAAAAGCAUCCACUGGAACUUAAGGAUGAACUAAUUAGAUUGGUGGUCAAAGGUCACAGUCAUUGUGAUCUAGCGUCCAUCUCAUUCUCGUGAAUGAAAUAUGUCACAAACACUGUGAAGGAAUUUCUUCAAACGUAAAUAAGAAAGCAAUUUAGUAACAUACAAAAGUAAUUUUAAGGAGACAGGGUGGGAUUAAUGGAACAGAGAAGAAUGCUGGCUUCUGAUUUGGUGCUGUUUUGCACAGUAUUUGCCCAAAAAAAAAAAAAAAAAAAAAACAUCAGACAGAACUCAUUGCACUUUGUAGUUUUUUUUUUUUGGCAGUUUUUGUUUUGUGUGGAUGCUGCAACAUAUUGUAGGACUGUAACUCAUGGUAAAAUAGAUUAACACAAAAGUUUUCAUAUGAUAGUUGAAAAGCUUGUGUAAACUCUGUCCCCUCUGUGUCUAGAGCUAACAGUGAUAAUGUAGGCGGCGUGUUGGCCAUGGUGAGGUCAGUCCCACAGCUGCAGCUGCAGCUGCACAAAGCCCCUGUUGAACCAGGACUGACAGUAUACAAUAGAUGCUCAACCCACUGUGUGUCUGCAGUAUGUGUAUGUUAUUGUCUUUUUUGUGAUACUGUACUGUAUGUGUGAGUGUGCCAAUACAUGCAUGCAGGACAUGCAUGUUUGACUGACCUUUUCGCCUUUGCUCUGGCCAUCAAGCCCUCUACUGGAUAAAUACUGCACAAUCAACUGAGGCAAAUACUGGUGAACAUAGGGCAAACUGUGGGUGUCAAAUGGGGUUCCAGUCAGCUUUCCACUGUUGUCCACACUAAAGCACAAAAAAUUUGUAAUAUUAUUAUUACUAGUUACUUAUUCAGUACAGUUUCCGCAAAUCCUCGCCCAUUUUCUCCACUGUCAUUUUUGUAUCUUUAAACAAAUGCAUUUUUUCCAACAGUAGUUCAUAUUUGUCACUUCAUGGUUCUCUCCAGUGUACAAGGGGCCAGUCCCACCCUGUACAGGUGGAUCUCUUGCCCUUUUUCCACCAAAUUGGCUCUGGUUCUCACAUUGGUUCUGUUCAGGAUUCUUGGAACCUUAGUGCUAUCUAGCUAACCAGCCCACAUUUCCACAAGUUUUUCAUGGUACCAUUUUAAUCAGGAUGUGUCAUCAACGGAGGACAUUGCACAGUACACAACAGAAGUGAACAGUAGUGGCAGAAUUACAGAUAACAUUAAUUACCUGCAAACUUUUGUUCUCUUAUUACAUAUAUUUUACAUAGUUUUACAUACAUUAGCAAAUUAUAACAAUAAAAUGAAAGGAUAUUUUGCUGUCUCUAAUGUUACUCAAGCCCAGUCACCCAGCUGAAGACGUGAAUCCAUCAACACACCUUCAAUUUCAAUAUGUAUUAUGAUUAUUAUAUAAUUCUUAGAUAUUAUUAUUAUAUAAUUGCUGUGUUGUAAUAUUUCAACUUUGACCAUUUCAUUAGUUUUUAUUGUCUCUCUUGGAUGACAUUCAAUUUUAGUAAUGAGAGGAUCUUUAAGUGUUAAAUAAAAGUUAAUUUCAACCGUAUUAUGUGAACUGUAAAUAUUCUAAUCCUUACUUGGAGAAAAAAAAAGAGCUCCGGAGCAUCGUUCCUGUGGGCUCCAGCAACACUAAACCCCUGAGCUUGCCUGAGAAGGACUAAAUGCACAAACCCCCUACUUUUAAAUAUCCCAUGGAGAGAGACUCCCACUCAGCCUGUUCUAUUUUGUUCUGAAAAUGUAGGUGUGCAGCUCCUUUUUGUAGACGAUAAACGAAGUGCAGGCUUCCAUCUUUGUCACCAGUGAUGAGGAAAUACAGUGAUUGCUGGACAGAGCAGUGAGUGACAACAACCCCGCCCACAUUUAAGAGUACUGUUUGCAGUAGAAAUGCUAAACGGACCUAGGGUCUAGGUACCAUGUCUGAAGGGUACCUUUGAUUUCCAAAGGUACUAUACUGAAAGUGAUUGGUGGAAACGGAACUUCUGACACCCCCACUAAUGUUGUCCCUGUUCACACUUAAGGUCAAGGAAGACCUGCUAUUUUGGCUCCAGCUGGGAACCAACUUUUCAGUUUCUGAACCAAAUUAUUUUUGGUUAAAAUGCUUUAAACAGUUCAAAAUUAGGCAGUGGAACCAGAAUGGAACCAGUGCCAUGUUGGUAGUAAAGUGUUAUGUGUUUUACACAGAGAACCGUGGAACCAUCUUAACUAUUUUCUUUUGAUUUUCAGACCAGCAGGCUGGUCUACAGAUUUGUACAGAAUUGUAUGUAAAAGUUAGCAUUGUAUGGUGAGAUGGGACUGAAAGGAUGAACUCAUUCAUUACAAUGGUGGUCAUGAGAGAAUACUUCAAGUAAAGGGAACCGUGUGCAUUGGUGAAUUGUCUGCUACUGUGAUUUGUUCUUGAAAUACUUUUAACGUAACAUGUAAAUGUGUAACCUGUGACCUUAUUAAUGAAAUUUAUACAACUUAAUGUUUGGAGGGUUUUUUUGCAUGUGGUGAAAAGGUGUUUUCUUUCCUGAUAAUUUGAAAUGAAACAGAAUUGUUGCAUAAUUACAUUGGGAUUAUUUACAGCUGUAAUACAUCAUUUGAAAAAGAAAAACAUUUAGGUGAAGAGAACAUAGAAACUAUUAACUGCUACUAUUUUGUAACUUAUUCACUUCAAAUUGGAUCUGUACUUCUCAAAUUACUAGUAUUAUAAUAUAUGCAUAUAUGUCUACAUUUUUGGUACACUUUUGUUAUCCUCAGAAGUUAACUUAUGAAUAGAAAAUCUGAAAUCUUUUAGUUUUUUCCCAAACAUAUUGUAACUUCAGAUACAAAUGGUUUUUGUCCUUGUGCUAAAGUGCCAGGAAAUGUCAAAGUCACAUCAAAUGUUGAGAUUAUUUUUCCUAUUAAUUACUGUAAACUGUUGAGGAGAAAUUGAUUAUGGUUUGCAUAAACAUGCCAAAUAAAAUGGUAAAGCCUGGAAUCAUCAUUAUUAUGUAUUUGAUGUGGAGUUAUUUAAUCAUCGUAUAAACAUGGCUGGUGCUGAUGCACCACACACUAGUUUAAAUUAAUCAGAUAAAAUCUCACUGAGAU